AUGCGGGGGCCUCCGUUCCUCGACCUGCUGCUCCUGCUGCUGCUGUGUGUGGCUCCAGGGGAGGCGUCAGGGGCUGAGGCCCAGGUCCAGGUGGUGUGGACCCCGGAGGGGGUCCCUGCCCAGCUCCCCUGCAUCUCCGCCAGCCCCUCCCAGGACCUGCGAAUCCGAGAGGUCCUUUGGCAGCACGUCCCAGACAGCGCGCCUUUUGGGGCCUCCCCGCACCCUCCAGCCCCGGGCCCCGCCGAGGCUGCCCCUCGGGGCUACACCGUGCUGCGGCUGACCCCCGGGGGCGUGCGCAGCGGGAAGCAGCCCCUGCAGCCCCGCGUGCAGCUGCGCCAGCGCGACCUGCAGCGCGGCGACUUCUCGCUGUGGCUGAGCCCGGCCCGGCGCGCCGACGCCGGCGAGUACCGCGCCUCCGUGAGCCUCCGGGACCGCCGCGGGCACCGCAGCGUCGCCUGCCGCCUCCGGCUGCGCGUGGGCCAGGCCUCCCGUAGCCCCUCCCCCUCGGGGGCUCUCAGGGCCUCCGACUGGGUCGUCCUGAACUGCUCCUUCAGCCGCCCCGACCUCCCCGCCUCCGUGCGCUGGUUCCGGGGCGCAGACAGAGCCCCGGUACCCGCCGCCCCGCGCCUCUACGCUGCGGGAAGCUUCCUCUUCCUGCCCCAGGUCCGCCCGGCCGACUCCGGCCUCUGGGGCUGCGUCCUGGCCUACGGGGAUGGCUUCAACGUCUCCAUCACCUCCAUCCUCACCGUUUCGGGCCUGACGUCCCCAGCCCCCCUGACGGUGUAUGCUGCCGCGGGUACCACAGCAGAGCUACCCUGCCACCUGCCCCCCGUGGUGGGGACCCAGUCUCCCCUCAGUGCCCAGUGGACCCUUCCUGGGGGCGGACCGGACCUUCUGGUGCCCGGAGACCAGGGAAACUUCACCCUCCGGCUGAUCGCCGUGAGCCGGGCCCAGGCCGGGACCUAUACGUGCCGGGUCCGUCUGCAGAAGCAGGGAUUCAGUGUCACUGUCACUUUGGCCGUCAUCACAGUGACUCCCAAGUCCUCUGGGUCACCCGGCAGCGUGAGCCAACCCUUCUGUGAGGUCACGCCGGCGUCUGGACAGGAGCGUUUUCUGUGGAUUCCCCUGGGCAGACAGUCUGAGGACAGCACCCUGGGACCCUGGCUGCUCCUGCAGGACCCCAGACUGCUUUCCCAGCCCUGGCAGUGCCAGCUGUACCAAGGGGACAGGCUUCUCGGGACGGCGCUCUACUUCCCGGAACACUCUCGCCCAGGUGCCUGGUCCUCUGGGGGAGCCCCUGGCGCCUCAAAAGCUGCCCAUCUUCCUCUCUUCCUCACUCUGGGGAGUAUUUUUCUGCUUCUUUUGGGAACCGGAGUCUAUGGCUUUCAUCUCUGGAGAAGACAGACCAUCUCACAGUGGAGACCUAGAAGAUUCUCUGCCUUGGAGCAGGGGGUUCACCCACCCGAGGCUCAGAGCAAGAGGGAGGACCUGGAGCCGGAAGACCCAGAGCUGGAGCCAGAGCUGGAGCAGGAGCUGGAGCCGGGGCUGGAAACUGCACCAGAGCUGGAGCUGGCGAUGGAGCCGGGCCCGGAACUGAAAUAGUCCUGAGCAGGAGCAGAGGCGCCAGCCGGCUCCACACCCCUGUCCAAGUCCAAAUAAACGCCCCGU